AUGGUGUCUCGUAAUGGUGAUUUAUUAAGUUUUGUUCUUGGUCUUACAUCAGGUAUAAUUGCUUUAAUCAGUUUAAUAUUAACUUGUACCGGUGUUGCUCUUCCAUCAUGGUACAUUGGAACAACUGCUAAUAAUACAGAUGUUAUAUCUGAAGCUAAUUUAUUUUAUGCUUGUUUUGCUUCCAAUGUUAGUCAAGGAUCAAUUUCAAAAACAUUGACCUGUACUUCUUAUAAUUCGUAUAAAUGUUCAACAACAUCUUAUAAAAAUACAGUAUUAAAUGUAACAGCAUAUAUAUCUGGAUGUAUAAAUCCUACAAAUAGCUCAUCAACAUUUUUAAAUGAAGUUGGACCAAUUUAUCAAAUAUUAAUUGAUGAUUUUUAUCGUUUACGUAAUGCUGCUAUUUUUUCAAUAAUAACAAUACUUUGUAUAUUGUUUUCAACAAUAUUUGCAUUUCUAACUGCAAUCAUUCUAUUAAAUAUUUAUUUAGUUUUUCUUGCACCAAUACUUGCUUGUAUAGGUAUCAUUUUUGGUAUAUGUUGUUUGGCAUUUGCUGGUUCUGUUUUAAAUUAUACAGGUGUUGCUUUUGCUUUAUUUGUCGUUGGAGUUUUACUUGAAGUUAUUGUUACAACAUUAUUAUCAAUUGUGGCUGGAAGAUUAAAUCAAAUAGAAAAAAUAGUUGAAAAUAAAGACAAUAAACAAAUAUUUACACAUCGUAGUGGUGCGCCUAUUUAUUUUCAACAUGUAUAUAAACGAAGAAUUUAA